UACAAAACCUAAACUUCCGGUUGCAGAAAGUGUGCUCAGCAGCAGUCGGAACUUUGAUAGAGAUCAGCCACCAUGCCGAGCUAUGAAAUGUCAUUGAUCAUAAAGGCUGCUUUGAAAAGGCCUGAACUGAGUCAUGUCAUUCGCAGAACAUGUGACUCUCUGAUCGGAAAAGGAGGAAUAAUAAGGUCAAUGGAAAACCUUGGUCUCAGACCCUUACCCUACAAAAUGGCAUGUCAUGGGAAAAAACAGACAGAAGGAAACUACAUUCUCAUCAACUUUGACAGUUCGCCAGAAUCUAUAACAAAUAUCCAAGACGACCUGAAGAGAGAUGUGGACAUCAUUAGACCCAGUAUCCUCCGCAGGGAUGAGGACUUUGUGCGGCCAUGUUUGAAGGGGCCUUGUUUAUUCAAUGAGUUGCCGAACCCUGAUCAUGAGAGACGCGUGUGGAAGCGGAGAGUGCUGAAGAAGGUGCACAUGACCCGUAAAGAUAAAGAGAGAUUGUUAUAGCAUAUACCAGCUGAAAUUGUAGUCAGCUAUAAUUGUUUGGACUUUAUAGUAUUGUGUUUAAAGUAUCAACUGUGUUAACAAUAAUGUCGAGAGUGUGGGCGGAGAUUGUGACUACAGGGAUGUGAUGUCUUUUAUGGAAGUAUUCCAGUGUUGAAAUGUUCCAGCCAAUAUAUGUGUGGAAAUUAUGUUUGUUAUCAUCAUGAAGGUCUGAUCAGUUUAAUUUCUUGUUAAAUGUUUUCUCUUAGUCGCUAUGCAAGAGAAAUAUAACAACAUAUUGUUGUCAGAAUUAAAAUAGGCUCAUUUCUUCAAAGCAACAUCUUUGAACAAAAGUUCAAAACUAGAAACAACUGAUAUAUAUUUACCGAAGUUACACUCAAAGUUUGUGCAACAGGAAAAUGGCUUGACUUCCCAAGAACAGGUAUGGGUACCUUGUGAUGCUUAUAUAGUCAAGUUCUAUUGUAUGUGCUAUCCUAUGUGAUUAUUUAUGUAGUUAAAGUAAGAUAUUAAUAGGAUGAUAUACAAUGUGCAAACUGUCGGCUGUUAGUGUGUAAUAAAACAGUUAUGUAGCAUAAA